GUUUCCAAAUAAUGUGACGGGUAUCUCUUGUGACCCAAGUGUUCUGGAUCUUCUGCUCCUCCUCGUCCGAACACUGUGGAGAACCGGAUCUGACUUCGAAUCUGACCCCCGGGUCGAAGACUCGAACUAGUAAUUAUCGCCAUGGCCGACGACAGCAGCAAAUACAAACAGUUCAAACUCUACCAUUACGAACCAAACCUUGGGGCCAAUAUCGUCUUCAUCGUUCUGUUCGCCGCGACCGGCAUUGGCCAUGUCGUGCUGCUGGUCCGCAAGAGGGUCUGGUACUUCAUCCCGUUUGUCAUCGGGUGCAUAUUCGAGGCGAUCGGAUAUGUCGGGAGGGCCAUUGCGGCGAAAGAAGCGCCCAACUACACGUUGACGGCCUACAUCCUGCAGACCAUCCUCAUCCUGCUCGGACCGGCCUUGUUCGCCGCCUCGAUCUACAUGAUCCUCGCCCGGCUGAUCAGAUUUCUCGGUGCCGAGGACUACGCGUUGGUUAGAACAAAUUGGAUGACCAAGAUUUUCGUCGCGGGCGAUGUCCUCUCCUUCCUCGGGCAGAGUGCCGGCGGCGGAAUCAUGGCAAAAGCCAAAACGCCCGACGACCAGGAGAUGGGUGAGAACGUCAUCCUCGGCGGGCUGGGCAUCCAGAUCAUCUUCUUCGGCUUCUUCGUCAUAACGACCAUCGUGUUCCACGUGCGCAUCGCCAAGAAGCCCACCCCGCGCUCGUACGCCGUCACGACGCCGUGGCGGCAGCACAUCCUCGCCCUCUACGUCACGAGCGUGCUGAUCCUGGUCCGCUCGAUCUUCCGCAUGGCCGAGUUCGCGCUCGGCAACGACGGCGUGCUGAUGCAGAGCGAGGCGUACCUGCUCGGUCUGGACGGCGCCCUGAUGUUCCUGGUGACCGCCGUGUUCCUGUGGAGUCACCCCAGCCGCGUGCUGGGCCCGGCGUACAAGGAGGCGCUUGCUAGUGCCAAUGAUAGUGUUGUUGAGAGCGGGCGGGACACGGCCGACAGUUUCCAGAUGAUGGUGGUAUCGGCGCCGUCGUCGUCCGUGCACCCUGACACGCUGCCCGAGGGGACCAAGUUACCGUCGGCGGCCGGGGCGUAUGAUGGUGGUGACCCGAGGAGCGGGAUGGGAUCCUCCAGGGGGGGAUAUACCACACCGGCCGGGUAUGAGAGGUCCCGGAAUGAUUGGUCGCCGAGGGCACACCGGUAUUCGUCUUCCUACCAAAGGGAAUAAGAGUAAGGUGGCAGUCAUAGGGAAUUCGGGAAACUAAGGGGUGGGAUAGACGGACUGGGAAAUGGCAUACAGAGGUGGGACAGGCUCUCUGAGCCACUGGUACUGGUUGCAGACACUGCGCUGACCAGGCGAGCGAGUAAACCAUAAUAGUUGGGUGUUUUAUGUUUCGGGAUUGUUCAUAGAAGAGGGCAAUG